GUUUUAAUUUCCAUGUCGCGUUCGGUCGGUAAUCAACAUCGAAAUGGUGGUAGCUACCGGAGUAAGCUGCUUGCACUACACCGUUGCUCUUCAAAACCCUCGAAUAAUCGAACAUCCAAUCGAUACAACAGUGCCUCGACACGAUCCGGCUACGCUCAACUGUAAAGCGGAAGGAGUCCCAGCGCCCACCAUCCAGUGGUACAAGGAUGGAUCACUGCUCAAGAUCUUCCCAGGAUCGCACAGAAUUUUUCUUCCAGCCGGAGAACUGUUUUUUCUAAAGGUCGUCAACUCCCGCCGGGAAAGCGAUGCCGGCGUCUACUGGUGUGAGGCCCACAACGAGAAUGGAGUCGCUCGCAGCCGGAACGCCACCCUACAAGUAGCAGUGCUUCGGGAGGACUUCCGACUGGAGCCGCAGAGUACUCGGGUAGCACAAGGUGAGACAGUGCUGUUGGAGUGCGGCCCUCCGAAGGGCAUACCGGAGCCAACGGUGGCUUGGAGGAAGAACGGCCAGAAGCUGGACGUCGAAAGCAGUAAACGCAUCCGAGUGGUAGAUGGGGGCAACUUGGCCAUUCAGGACGUUCGCCAGACCGAUGAGGGUCAGUACCAGUGCAUUGCACGGAAUCAGGUCGGGGUGCGAGAGUCAGCGGUGGCAUUUUUGAAGGUUCACGUAAAACCGUUCCUGAUACGAGGUCCACACGAUUCGACGAUAGUUGCGGGAUCUUCGGUAACGUUCCAGUGUCGAGUGGGAGGUGAUCCUAUGCCGGAUGUUCUUUGGCGAAGAUCGGCAUCCGGUGGUAAUAUGCCUCUGGAUAGGGUUCACAUCUUAGAAGACCGAAGUCUACGCCUAGAGGAUGUCGUGCUGGACGAUGAAGGAGAAUACAGCUGCGAAGCUGAUAAUGCUGUUGGCACUAUUUCCGCCACUGGAACAUUGAAUGUUCAUUCUCCUCCACAUCUUGUAAUUCGUCCGGUACCACAAGUGGUUGAAACACCCCACGACGCUACUUUCGAAUGCAAAUCGGAAGGUCGACCGAAACCUACCACAUUCUGGUCAAUCGAGGGUAACCGCACUCUAAUCUUCCCUGGAAACAAGUUCGAUCGGUUUGAAACAUCUACCACCGUUGAAGGCCUGAGUGUUCUCACAAUUCCUCAAGUUACCAAAGCAGACAACGGAUUGAUCGUGGUCUGCAGCUCAGUCAACUCGGUAGGGUCGAUUAGUGUUCGAGCUCGCCUCACAGUUGCAUCGCAAGACGAUCGACCGCCACCUAUCAUCAUACUGGGACCAUCAAAUCAAACGCUUCCCUUGAAGUCCGUCGUAGCCCUACCCUGUAAGGCAGUUGGUAAUCCAACUCCGAUCAUCUCGUGGUACCUGGAUGGCAACCCUGUUGUCAACUCCGACCGAAUCAAUACAACCGAUAAUGGAACUCUCAUCAUUCAAGACCUGGACAAAAGUACCGACCAAGGUUUGUACACCUGCGUGGCAAGUAGUCGAAGCGGCAAAGCAACUUGGAGUGCCUAUCUGCGCCUGGAAGCUCCAACCAAUCCGAACAUACAUUUUUUUCGAGCCCAUGAGCCCAGUGCCUUUCCCACGGCUCCCGGAAAACCGCAAGUCGUCAACGUAACCAACAGCUCCAUUACAAUAUCGUGGCUACCGAGCAUCAAAUCCGGGGCCUCCGACAUCAACGGUUACCUUGUCGAAGUAUUCGCUACGGAUAUGGCCAAGGGUUGGAUCCCAAUUCCAUAUAAAUUGUCUUCCACGAGCUAUACAUACUCCCCGGUUACGGCCGAUGUUUCCUACACUUUCAUCGUCCGCGCGGAAAACGACCAAGGUCUAGGCAUUCCCAGUCUGAUGUCCGAUCCGGUGACCGUUGGUCGGGACUUCAACCACGGCGAAGACAUCAAGCUGAGCGAAGCGCAAGCGACGCUCUCUUCCGGAAGUGUCGUCCACCUGCUGGAAGCGAAUGCGUCCGAUUCGAGUACCGUUCGAUUGGCGUGGGAGAUCGUCAACGGUCAGUACGUGGAGGGGUUCUACAUCUACUUUCGUCAGAUCCACAGCAAUGGGACGUACAAAACGUUAACGGUGCUGCACGGUGGAGGGGCGUCCGCCUGUACGAUCAACGGGCUGGAGAAGUACACCGAGUACGAGUUCUUUCUGGUGCCGUUCUUUAAGACGAUCGAAGGGAGGCCGUCCAACUCAAGAACGGCCCGAACUAUGGAGGAUGUUCCUAGUGCAGCUCCCGUCAAUAUGGAAGCAGUCCUGUUAAACACCUCGGCAGUCUACUUGAAGUGGGAACCGCCAGCGAAUCAUAGCUUGAAUGGUAAACUAAAAAAUUACCACAUCGUCAUCCGAGGCUAUGACGUUCACAACAUCUCGAAAGUUCUCACCAACAUGACCGUCGACGGAGACUCACCGAAACUGCUGUUAGCAAACCUGUCGGCUGGCGUGACUUAUUCCGUCAGUAUUGCCGCCUCCACUCGAAUCGGCAUGGGACCGUACAGCGUACCUUCCAUUCUGCGGUUAGAUCCUCACACCAAACGAUUGGAUCAAGGUUAUACUCGGUAUCCAAUAAAUCACGACUACUCGCACGACAUCCUGACGCAAACGUGGUUCAUUAUACUGCUCGGGUCGAUCAUUGCCAUCAUCGUGUUCCUGUUCGGGGCCACGGUCAUCUUCCGCCGGAUACAGUUUAUGAAGCACAGCUCGCUCAACAGCAUGCACGGAAAUCACGCAAUCGGAACGGUACGCAAAUUUCCGACCCUUCCGCUGAAUCCGAAUGGCGUGUGGAUCGAUCCGGGAGGCGGUGUCUGGCGGCAAGCGUCCGAAAUCACCAAGGAAGCCAUCACUGACUACGCGGCCGUGUCGAAUGCGCCCACGCUGCCACUGCCCGACUAUGAGAGAUUAUCUCCGCUGAACAUGCCAGAUUACGCAGAGGUGGCCGGUUGUUCAUCCUUCAAGAACGAUCUCGGCGGAUCGCCGUCCUACGACAAUUAUGGUGCGUACGCAUCCACCACCCUGGUUGGUCGGUCCACUGGCAAUCACACCGGCGGUUUGGGCCCAGCACCAUCGGUGGCACCCGGUGCACCGAUGUUCGCCCAAAACCAGUUCGACGGGAAAAAUGUCUACUCGGCUCCAACGAGUGGCCAUUACAAUAAUUUCAUAAAUCAACAUCAACUGCGCCAUCAGCAACAAUUGCACCAACAGGUUGGCGGCGGAGCGGCCGGGGUGGAACCGAAACGACCCGGCGGUUCCUACGGGGGCAGCAUGAAGAGCCAAAAGAUGAACAUCAUCGAAAAUCGGAUGGCCGACAUGAUGAACAACCUGGGCCAUAGUCAGACUUCGGUGGCGUCGGCUGUUGGACACGGCCUACCCGGGUCACCAUAUGGCGGCUCCAGUGUAAGUAAUCUCAAUGCAAACAGCAGCAGUAAUCUACUUCCGGCGCCCGGGGCCAGUGUAAGCGUUCCGCACACGCCCCUCUUCGGCACCAUCAAGCGAACGACAAAAUACAACAAAAUAGGCUACAAUAAGGAUAAUAAACUCAAUUUCGGCGAUAAUGGACGCUCAACCGAGCAGCCAUUGUUCAUCAAGUCCAAGUACGACGGAACAUGGUCCUCGGUUCCCAGCACGGUGGCCUCGUCAGCCAACAACAUAAAUAUGAUUAAUAAUUCGCCAUAUCACCAGCAGCAGCAGCACCAGCAGCUACAACAUCACCAUCAAUCCCAGAGCCAGUUGCCAUCGUCGUCGUUGGGUCAUCAUCAUCAGCAGACAACGACGACGACGGCGUCACAUCAGUUCGCUGGGAAAGGUCCCGGAAGCUCCAACAUUUUGGAUCCCUUGCCGAACGGCUGCGGUGCCGGUUUAUCCUUGCAAGCUAAUAAUUUAGAUAAUCAACAAAUACAAAAUAAUAAUCCCAGCAGUAACGGAAGCAGCAGCAGCAGUGGCAGUUCCAAUAGUAGCAGUAAUAGUGUAAGCAACAAUGCGGCUGGCAGUAGUUCACAGAAUUAUUUAACCAGCUUCGGCAAAACGGAUAAUGUGUAAAUUUCACGGACAAGGACGCGACGAGGACUGGGUUGGGAGCGGGUCCUUUCCUGUGGAAUGGUUUCCGCACCGAGAUCUGUCAUGUUAAUCCUUGUUUUGUUCUUCCGUGGCAAGUGGCGCUGGCUCGUUGGUUCGUUCGUUCCACUUGGAACCAAAUCCACCUGACUGGGGUUGGUGGUUGGCUGGCCUUAUGUGGGGUGCGGGUGAUGCACUGUUGAUGUAGAUUUAGUUGGGAGGAUUAUGCAGCACCAGGCUCGAUUGUUUAUCGGUUGGGUUGGAAUGGAUGAAAUAUUUACAGCCCGAUGGGAACGUCAUAAUCACCGCGUGAAAAAGCAGAUCGAGACCAGUUGAAGGGAAUCUAGGAAGUUCAUGUGAGAAGUUUAGCAAAAAAUAUACAUGGUUCACAAAUAUGAAGUAACAUAUUUGAAUUCAAUUAUUUUUCCGUUUAAAAAAGGUUUAACUUCGACAAAAAAAGUUUUAGAGUUACAGACUCAUC